AUGGAGACCGUUCCGGUUGACGGGGAACUUGAUAGAAAUUUACAUCAUGGUGAUAACAGAGACUCUCACGGACCAUCAACAGUGGUAACAAACAGUGAUGAAUCACAGCUUUUAACUCCAGGAAAAAUGAGCCAGCGCCAGGGGAAAGAAGCCUAUUUUACUCCAACCAAAGAGUUACUCCAGCCAUGUCUCAGCCCAGGAACCACCCACAGCCAUGGUUUUGACAAAGGGAAGGAUGAUGUGUCACAAAGCAAAGAGGAUACUGCACAUUCCAUGUCAAAAAGCAAGUCUGAAUCCAAGCUUUUCAAUGGCUCUGAGAAGGACAUCUCUCUAUCUUCAAGCAAACUUACAAAAAAAGAAUCUCUCAAGGUUCAAAAGAAAAACUACAGAGAAGAAAAGAAGAGAGCUACAAAAGAAUUACUCAGCACUAUCACAGACCCAUCAGUUAUUGUUAUGGCUGACUGGCUGAAGAUUCGUGGUACAUUGAAAAGCUGGACCAAGCUGUGGUGUGUACUGAAACCAGGAGUGUUGCUUGUUUACAAAACGCCCAAAAAUGGCCAGUGGGUAGGAACAGUGCUCCUGAACGCUUGUGAACUCAUUGAGAGGCCUUCUAAAAAAGAUGGCUUUUGUUUCAAACUUUUUCAUCCUUUGGAGCAGUCCAUAUGGGCUAUAAAGGGUCCCAAAGGUGAAGCAGUUGGUUCUAUAACUCAGCCAUUGCCCAGCAGUUAUUUGAUCAUCCGAGCCGCUUCAGAAUCAGAUGGCAGGUGUUGGAUGGAUGCUUUGGAGCUGGCACUGAAAUGUUCAAGUCUGCUUAAACGUACAAUGAUUAGGGAAGGUAAAGAACACGAUUUGAACUCUUCAGCAGACAGUACUCAUGUCUCUUUCUAUGGUCUGCUUCGUGCUAACAACUUGCACAGUGGAGAAAACUUACCGUUAAAUGACAGCGAAAUUGAAAGGCAUCACUUUAAAGACCAAGAUAUGUAUUCUGACAAAUCUGAUAAGGAGAAUGACCAUGACCACGAGGAAUCUGAUAAUGAUGGAUUGGGGAAAAGCGAAGAAAGUGAUAGCGACACAUCAGAGCGACAGGACGAUUCUUACGUCGAUCCAGAACCAAUUGACAUCAAGGAAACCACUUAUUUAGAACAGAGUCCUGAAGAACUUGGGGAGGCCGGUGAGGCUGCUCAGACAGAAGUAGUGUCGGAAGAAAAUAAAAGUCUGAUCUGGACACUGCUGAAGCAAGUCCGGCCAGGAAUGGACUUGUCCAAGGUUGUGCUGCCUACAUUUAUCUUGGAACCGCGUUCUUUCCUGGACAAGCUGUCUGAUUACUACUACCAUGCAGACUUUCUGUCGGAAGCUGCUCUUGAAGAGAAUGCUUACAACCGCAUGAAAAAAGUAGUGAAGUGGUAUUUGUCGGGGUUCUACAAAAAGCCAAAGGGACUAAAAAAGCCGUACAAUCCUAUUCUUGGUGAGACUUUCCGCUGCAUGUGGAUUCAUCCAAGGACAAAUAGCAAGACUUUUUACAUUGCAGAACAGGUAUCCCAUCAUCCUCCAAUAUCUGCCUUCUAUGUUAGCAAUCGCAAGGAUGGGUUUUGCCUUAGUGGUAGCAUUCUGGCCAAAUCAAAAUUCUAUGGGAAUUCAUUAUCUGCCAUACUAGACGGAGAAGGACGGCUAACAUUCCUAAACAGAGGAGAAGAUUAUGUAAUGACAAUGCCAUAUGCUCAUUGUAAAGGAAUUCUUUAUGGCACAAUGACCUUAGAGCUUGGGGGAACAGUAAACAUCACCUGUGAGAAAACUGGCUACAGUGCAACAAUUGAAUUCAAACUCAAGCCUUUUUUGGGGAACAACGACAGUGUUAACCAAAUAUCAGGGAAAAUAAAGCUUGGCAAGGAAGUUCUGGCUAUUUUGGAGGGUCACUGGGACAGCGAAGUUACUAUUAGUGACAAGAAGACAGAUGUUUCGGAGAUCUUCUGGAACCCGACAUCUGAUAUCAAGCAACGCAGAUUACCUAGAUAUACAGUGAAGUUUGAAGAGCAGGAUGACUUUGAGUCAGAAAAGCUUUGGCAACAAGUGACAAGAGCAAUAAAUAAUAAAGACCAAACAGAAGCUACUCAAGAGAAAUAUGUUCUGGAAGAAGCUCAGAGAAAGAGUGCCAAAGAGAGGAAGCUGAAGGGUGAAGAGUGGAUGUGCAAGCUGUUUGAUCAGGAUUCAGUCACAGGAGAAUGGCACUACAAAUAUGCUGAUACCAGACCAUGGGACCCUUUGAAUGAUAUGAUCCAAUAUGAAAAAGAUGGCACCAUCCAAACAAAAGUUCGACAUCGGACACCAAUGGUUAAUGUUCCAAAAAUCAAACGAAAGCCAGCCAGUCAGAAGAAAGGGGAGUGUGGUUUCUCUUCCCCAGAGCCCGAUAACCAGGAUUCCUCUGGGAGUGAAGCGCAACUUCUGAAGCAUAAUACAAGAAUAAGGAAAAAAGGGGCAGACCUUGGUGAACUGCAGAGUGCCAUUGAAUCUAUAAAGGAAACACAAGAAGAUAUUAAGAGAGACAUCAUGGCUCUACGAAAUCGAGUCACUUCUAAUUCACCAUCUGUGGACUACCAUUUCUUGCAGUUUAAGCACUACGUCUUCAUCUUACUUGUGGUUCUGCUGCAGCUUAUCAUUAAUUUCUUGUUCAAAUAGGAAGGGCCUUUCUGAACUGGAAUGAUUGAACUGUUACUGGGGACCAUGUUUUAGGUUGGACAUUAAAUGAUGCAAUAUUAUCUAAAAGAGCCCUGUAGCAACAACUUACAGAACUUUGCCUCAGCAUCCAUGGUUCAGAAUCAUUCUCACGUCUACCCAGUUGAAGUAAGAAUUGUGUAAGUGCCAGUACACUCUUGCUCCUGGUGUGUGCCUCUGUCUCGCAGACAUACAACAUCAGCCUUGUGUUUUAUAUUGCGUCAUACACUGUACAGAUGAAUCUUC